UUGAAUUCGUCUCGGCAUCGCGGCAUUGUGGCACACCGUGUGGCGGCGCAUCGUUACUUAGCAGCUUCGCGUUGCCGGCUCAGUGCUUUGUGCCGUGUGUCUGUCUACUUUUGGGUAGUCAGUCGUAUGCAUCGCUAGUAUCGGAGCGGUGCAUUGAUUGAAAUCGAUUUGGGAGAAGAAAAAAAUAAAAUAAAAUAAAAUAAAAAAAUAGAAGACCAGUCAGUGACAAAGUUAGUGAUUGCAAGCGCUGUCUAGCCAAAUGAAGCCCAGCCAGGCCAGGCAGACGAGUGUUGUAUGUUGAAUGGUGUUGUUGCUUUCUCGCCAUAUUCGGAAAGCUCAAAUAGCUUAACAAAAAUUCUGGUCAAUUAUCGAACUGAUUUAUCUUCCAAAUAUGUAAAUAUGAACACAAUAAAUUACUGGCGAAACACAUAAGUGCAUUAAAAGUUUUAUUCAACAAGUGUUCAAAUGCACUGAAUACCUGCUACAUACAAAUGAGUUUAGCACACCGCGCUCCCACCCAAAAGGCCAGACGUGCCGAAGAAAUUGACAAGUUACGAUUACGUCAAAUCAGUACGAAAUCUCUUCUUAGAAGUCAACAACAAAUAAGCGUCAAUCAACGCUUGGUCCCCGCCCGAGAACAACAACAACAACAACAACAACAACAAUAAUUAAAUCAACCACAAUGAAAUCGAUCUAUACUGGCGCAAAACAACAACUGAGCAGUUGCAUGCAACACGACAGCGACGACAUACCGCCCGUCAUAUUGGUGGCCAACAACGAUUACAACCUCCACCAGCAACAUCAUCAGCACCACAACAGCUACCAACCACCACCGUCGAUGCUUAACCACCACAACCACCAUCAUCAUCAUCAUCAGCAGCAGCAGCAGCAGCAGCAGCAGCAGCAGCAGCGACACUACACCCAUCAGCACCACACACAGCUAACGGAUCAUAGUAAUAGCAAUAAUCACAAUAACAACAAUGUCAAUAACAGCUUUAUCACAGCCGUUACAACGCCCAUAGCGGGCACGAGCACUUAUGAGACGCUGCAGCGGCCCUUCAAACACGAUCGACGACGGGGCCAAUGGUCGGCGACGGCAGAUUUCUAUUUUGCCUGUACGAGCCAUGCUUUCGGUUCGAUUAUCUUCUCGGAGCUGCCGGUGUAUGCGCUGAUUUUUGGCGGAGUUUUCUUCCUGCCAAUGUACUUGACCGCCAUAUUUUUAUAUGCCAUUCCCAUUUUUAUUAUACAAACAUUUUUGGGACAAUUCUCAACUUCCGGAUUGAUAUCGGCAUUCCGAGUGGCGCCACUUUUCAAAGGUAAUUUUACACUAUUUAAACAAAACAAACUUCUUUUGAU